GCGUUGCUCAUAAAUAAAUAAUAAUUAAGUAGUUUUCAAACUUUUCCCCUAGUUUGAUGUGUUUAUCUAAUUCUGUUUGGACAUUUUUUUAUAUCGAUCAUUCCAAUCCUAUUUCUUCAGGGCAGAGUUGGUAAUUUGGUCAAUAAAACUAAAAAAAUAUGUCUCUAUAGUUCUUUUAUCGAUCAUAUUUUCUUAUGCAGACAAUAUUGAAGUUUUUGUUGACCAGCACAUAAUUACCAGCUCAUCUCCCAUAUAUUUAGACCUGGCCAGCCAUGAAGAAGCACGUCUGCAAAUCCAGAAAAGGUCUGAAAGUAUUCUUCCGCUGCACCGCAUUGCAUUCUUCAAGAGAGGAAACCCUACUCAGAAAUCUCUCUCGGUUUCUUUGUUUUCUUUAACCAUUGUUCUUCAGAUUUACAUGUAAGAUAUAUAGCAACAACAUGGCUUCUUUCCUACCUUCUUUCCAUGUUUCAAUAAAACCGCCUCUCAGGAACUAUACUCGUCAAGCUGUGCAUAUAAGAGCUCAGAGCUUUAGUAAUGAAGGUAACUUUCAUUCUGCUAUCCAUUUCAUUUUCAGACACAACCAAAAUGAGAUGCGAGUAUAAACAAAUAUUUCACCAGUGCCUUGGCUUUUAUAACGUGAAACUUGGUGCUUGGGGAGAGAAUCAAAGGAUAACUGGGAAAUCUAGUAAUAUCGUCGAUGCAAACUUGAGUGUUCUUAGAGACAAAGUAGAGAUGCUUAAGACGAAUGAGAGACUUGAGAGGUGUUGCAAAUGUGAAAGUGGAUGGAAUUACGUCCGUGUGUACGAUUAUAAACUCAAAAGAGAUAGAGAGAUAUCACAGUUCUUUGAGUUUGUGGGCAUAAUUUGUGGGACUCUCGGUUUCACCUGUCUUAGUGGUAUUGUAUGUCUUUGCCUAGUUUCCUUCUUUGUUCACUUGUUUCAGUAAGUUGGAUUUUGUACAAAAUGUAAAUGAAUCUCUCUCUCUCUCCCUCUCUCUGCAUGCCAACAUUUUUCAUCCUUGUAAUUAUAUAGUCGUGAAUGAGAACUGGUUUCUACA